AUGGCUGCCUCGCCCAGCUCAGCGGCUGCAAUGUCAGACGCGGAGCCGCCCAGCUCUCCCGGGCACCUUGGAAAAUCCUUCAUGACAAAUAUGACGGAAGACGAAGACACCAGGAUGGAAGAUGCCACGAUGGCAGAUGCCACCCCAGACCCUUCCGAACGACUCCGAGGCCGAAGGGGAGCCAGAGACUCGAUGGCUGCAAAUGGUGGUUCUUUGAUUGGCAAGAUUAGGCACCUGAAGAAAGAUGACGGGGAGCCACUCUGGCGAAAGGAUAUCCAAUAUGACUUCCUCAAGGCUGUCUUUGACGACGACCGAAAGGUUUUCACCAACAGCUAUGAGGCAGAGACCAUUGGCAAGCAAUGCUUUGCCGACCUCUACAUCGACACCAUGUCCAGAAGCAGCAAGACCAGCAAGGUCCUUCGAGAUAAGCUGCUUAGUGAUCGCGAUGCUGCGAAAGGAAUGGCUAUGGUCUGCCUUCUGGUCAAUAUCGGUCGUAUGAACACGACCCUCAACUUCUUCCCUGAGAUGCGAGCUCAGCUCCGGACCUACCAUGCCAUCCCCUCACUCCAGGCUCACCAGGACCCCCAUGCCUACAAGCAGCUACAAGAUGCCCCCCGCUUGAAGUCCAUCUUGAAAGGAGGGGCCGAAGACCGCCCCGAGCAGAAUACCCUGGAAGCGAUCAAGCAGAGCAAUGUCCCACGUACCAACCCGGUCAACCUCCUCUUUGUCAUUUGCCAGUCAGCGGCCAAAAUUGCGGAGCUCCACUUCACUCCAGGUCGCGAAUUCCAUGACUUGAUUAUGAAGACCAACCUGACCAGCCACAGCCGAGCUAGAGCUUUUCUCUGGAUUAUGUGGUUUUACCUCGAGUCCGAUUUCACCGAGGAAGGCUGCGAAGAAAAUCCUUUUGGCCCCGGCGUGGACUACGGAGUUGACGUUGCGAAUCAAGGCGUUCCGAUGCUCGAAGAGAUGGACGAGGAAGAAGAAGCCAAGGAAAACGUCGAUACCCAAGAGGAGAUUGACUUUGGCCUUGCGAAGCAGAAGAUGCGGGCCAAGAUCAUCGCAGCCGACCAACAGUACAUGGUCGACAAUCAGAGCAAGCGCGGUGGCCGCGGUGGACGCCUGUUCCCGGCGGGGGCUGGGGCUGGGGCUGGGGAUGAAGUCGGUCCCACCACGGGCAUUUUGCCGCGUAUCCGACCCUCGAAGCACGAGAGCGAUAUGGACAGUGUUAGAUCCACUCCACCUCCUCGGGCCCUGGGUGCCAGACAAAGCGCUGCCCAUGGCAGCACAGGACGGAGAGCCCCUGCGGCCCUCAAAUACCACGUCUUCGAGGGAUCGUCUCCUGCGGGCGGACAGGCCAUUGAGGGUAUCGCCCCGCGUAAGCCGCGGCCGCCUACCGCUCACCAGAUUGCUGUGGAGCGGAAUAGAUCGCAACGCGUCGAGUAUAUCCUCGACAGAGGCGUUAGAAAGGCCCACCACAAGGCGCGAAAGCAACGGAAGACGGACGGCGCCAUCAUUCGUGCCUUGAAUCGUCUGAAGGAAAUCUCAGAUCCCUUCGAAGAUAGUGAAGGCGAGGAUCAUGUCAACACCAACAGACUCCUUCUCAGCGGCUAUAACGGGGACCAGAACAAGGGAGCCUUUCGCGAGAAGGGUUUUGGGGGACUAUGUUUGCUCAACAGCGAGGAAGACGACUUUGGCGAGGAGUUCAGCUCUUAUGCUACCGCCUUGAAGCGCGCCCAUCGACGUCUUACCCGAUGGGAUAACCACGACGGCGAUGAUUUGGGCGUCGUUGCUCCCGUGAAGAAACGGAAGCUGAACGGUGUCGAUCAUGGCGACGAAGACGACAUGAUGGAGGUCGAUGGAUCUCCCACCAAGGAACCCAUUGAUCCGGCAGAGACAGAGGACGAGGCCGAGAUGGUGCUGCGUCAGAGCGCGGCCCGGCGACCUCGCGCCCGGACCAACGGCGCGCGCCGCCGAACCAACGGCAAUGGCAACGUCGACAUGGAAGACAACGACGAUCUCGACGACGUCGACAAGGAGUUGAUGGACGAGGGAGACGGCGACGGAGAAGGCGAGGCCCACGAGGGCGGCGCCGACGGCGCAGCAGACAAGGACCAAGACGAAGACGAGCUAGAUGACGUCGACAAGACUCUGCUGGGUUUGGACGGCGAGUCGGACUCCGAUUAG